AUGGCACGACGUCAAUUGAGUGUGAACGAGAAAACAUGGAUUGUCAAACACAUGUAUCUACUUGAAUAUCCUAUCAAUGUGCAAAGAUUAUGGUCUAAGGGAAUAAAUAAUAAUCCUCCAGAUCGAAAAACGAUAAGAUUACUUAUGAACAAAUUUGAACAGACUGGUUCGGUACUCAAUAUUGAUCCACCUGGUAGACCAGUAUCAGUUACUGAUCAACCUACAAAAGAUGAAGUUUCGUCGAUUUUGGAAAAAGAACCUCGAACGUCGACUCGUCAAAUGAGUUCAGAAUGA